UAAUCUUUAUCUUCCUCAAAUCUGUCUCUUCUUACAUAUCAAAUGGGAAUCGUUUCUUUAAGCACCAAAACCUUAAUCAAUACCUCUUUACUCUUCUUUCCAUGUUUCCUUGGUGUGAUUUGCACAUCUCCUCCAAGUCCAUCACUACUAGCAUCACCUCCACUGGUAACAAAGGCUUUAACUUUCAUAGAUCGGAGACUCGAAUCAGUAUACCCUAUAAUCCAAAUCUUCAAGAGCAUUGUCACCUCAGAUCCUCUUAAUGUUACCCAAACAUGGGUUGGCCCAGAUAUAUGCAACUACACAGGCUUCUACUGUGAUCACCCACCUGAUAAUCUCUCCGCCACUGCCCUAGCUGCAAUUGAUUUCAAUGGGUUCCAGCUCUCUGCUCCGAGCCUUGAUGGGUUCAUUGAUCAGCUCCCAGACCUUGCUAUUUUUCAUGCAAAUUCUAACAACUUCACAGGCAGCAUAUCACCAAAAAUUGCUAGCCUGCCAUAUUUUUAUGAACUUGACUUAAGCAACAACAAUUUCUCUGGCAAUUUUCCUAUGGCGAUCCUUGGCAUCAGUAGCCUAUCUUUUUUAGACAUCCGAUUCAAUUCCUUUACUGGGUCAGUGCCUCCUCAGAUUUUUGAUCAAAGACUUGACGUACUCUUCCUUAAUAACAACAAUUUCAUGCAAAAACUCCCUGAUGCCCUCGGUUCAACCCCAGCACUCUAUCUCACCUUAGCUAACAACAAGUUCACAGGGCCAAUCCCAAGAACCAUCUUUAACGUUUCCUCAACAUUAACAGAGAUUUUGCUCUUGAACAACCAAUUGACAGGCUGCAUCCCAUAUGAACUUGGGCUAUUGAGAGAAGUAGUCCUCUUUGAUGCAAGUAACAACCUAUUGACAGGUCCUUUACCGUGCUCUUUAGGAUGCUUAGCCAAGAUAGAACAGCUGAACCUUGCGGGAAAUUUGUUGUAUGGGCAGGUGCCAGAGGCUCUGUGUGCAUUAGGGAACUUAGCAAAUUUAUCACUUUCAGGCAAUUAUUUCACUUGGCUAGGGCCAUUGUGUAGGAAACUAGUGAAGAGUAGGGUUCUUGAUAUCAGGAAAAACUGUAUUCAUGAUCUUCCAGAACAAAGGUCGUUUCACGAGUGUUUUUUUUUCUUCUUGUACCCUAGGCAUUGUCCAUACCCUGCUUUCUUUAAUUUCAUUCCUUGCAAGGUUCAUCCACCGAUUAAACCUCCCAUGGGUCCAAAGAGAAAUUUAAUUAGCUAUAAAGCCCUUUCAAGACACAGAAUGUGAAGACUAUUUAUUGGGUUUUUAUGAUGAAUUUUCAGUUGGAAGUCAAGAAUGUCAAGUUGUAUGAAUAGUAACUAGCUUUAUUGUUUACCCAAUAAUGAUCAAUAAUAUGGUUAAUUAUUAAUUACUAA